AUGUCGGACAGUGAGGAUAGUUCUAUCGAUACUAACGAGUAUAGUAUUCAGGACUAUUACAAAUUGAUCAGACCACUCUGGGCCGCCAAAAACAUCAAUGCCAGUUAUUUAAAUAAUCAUAAACUACUACGAACAUUAGUAGACUUUUCCCUAACCCAUUCCUUAUUUUUGAAAAACCUUCAGAAACGUGAAUUGGAUUUAGGAGAUAUAAUCCCCACUAAAAUCAAUUAUAUUAAUUCAUUAGUCAUAAGAACUCCCAACCAUAAUAAUUUAAAUAAUCAAGAUCAUCCUUAUCAAUAUUAUGGAUGUUUCCGUAAUAAAUAUGUGGAAUUCUGUCCUCAUUUGGCCAUUGCAGCCUAUUUAUUCACCCGAUUCCAUAUACCCGACGAAUACGGCUCUCUCGAAUUUAUAUUUAAUGAAAAUCAUAAACUUAAUUUACAAGAUGUUAAAUUAUUAAAGGGUAAUAAUAAAUUAUCGGCUAUUUCUUAUAGUCAACAACAUAAAUCUUCUAUAAAUGCUUUGGGAUUAAGUGGUCUUAAUUAUAAAGAUAUUAAUUUAAAUAAAUUGCUAUCUAUUCAAGGAUUUGAAGUAGUGGAUAAAUUAGUAUCAUUAGAUAUUGAACAAUUACCUCAUAAAUUAAUGCUUGAAUUAGCAGAUCCUCCUCAAGAAUUAUUAGAUCAAAUAUUCCCCUUUAUAAAUCAAAUAGAUCCGGUACUGGAAUCUUCAGCAGUAUUAAGAAUGAAACAAUUAUUAACUAUACUAAGAAGAAGUUUAGUACAAGAUAUGGUAAUUAUUAAACAUAAAUAUCCUAACAAUCCUAUCUCCAAACAUGCAUUAUUUAAUAGUGAACUCUUUAAUAAAUUUAGUAAUGAUAUGGAAAAAAAUGGAGUAUUUACUGAUUCCCCUAGUUUUGAAUUUGAAGAUGAUGAUGAAUUGGAUGCAGAUAUGGAAGAUUCUGAUAAUUAUGAAUCAUUAAUUAAUAACCCUAAUGUUGAUUUAUCUAAAAUAGUUGAAAUUCAAAAUAAUAAAGUGAAAAACUUACAAGAUCAAUUAAAUAAUAUUUAUAUGGAUCAAAAGAAUGUAUUUGAAAAUUUAAAUUCAUUUAUUGAAGUUCAAAAUGAAGUUUUCCAUAGACAAGCUGAACAUUUACAAAAGAUUCUGAAUUCUAUUAAUGGUUUAAUGGUAUUAUUAUCUACUAGAAAUAAGAAUUUAGUACCUUUAGCUCAACAAAGUUUGGGUGAAACAGCAGAAUUUAUUAAUUCCAUAUCUAGUUCUAAUGUUAAACAAGGAUUAAAUAAUACUUUAGACUUGUUAACAAAAUUAAGUACUACUAAUGCAUCUCAAUAUGUAUCAUUCCCAAAUCCAACCAAUUCAAUAUAUAAUACACUCCCUAGUCCCACCACCAAAAAUGGAACUUCAGCAACUCAUCUGCCAAUUGCUCCAACUUUACAACCAAUUCAACAUCAUCUUUAUCCUCAUCAACCAUUCUCGUCUCAACAUGUUCAUCAACAUCAACAUAUUCAUCAUCAUCCUCCAACCCCUUCAACUUCAUCAUCAUCUACUUCAAUAAGUCAAACACUUGGUCCACAAUUGGCACCACAAACUCCAUUAACGCCACAACAAAUUGAAAGACAAACUAUUUUAAAUAGAAGAUUAUCAAGACAAGCCACGACACUUUUUGAAAUGUGGGAUGAUUUUAAGGGAUUAGAACAAGCCCUUAAAGAUCAUGAAAUUACUGUAACGGAAUGGCUUAAAGUUCAUGGAAGUUCAGAAAGACAAUUUAGACAUACUAGAUUAAAAAUUAUAAAAUUUAUAGAAGACGAAGCUGCCAGAAGAAAUUGCAGUGUAGAAAUCGUUAAAGAGAAACUCCAUAGUAAAAUGAGAAAUAGACUAAGACCCUGGACACUAGAUGAAGUUCAGAGAAUGCUUACCUCCGGUAAACGAAUUAAUUUAAAUGAAUAG